AUGGGGCAUGGUUUUGUUGUGAUUUAGCUACAUGUGUGUUACGUGUUUUUCAAAAAAAUGCUAUGUCCAUUGCCACCAACUGCUGGCUGCGUUAUGUGGUGAUAUUUCUGUGGGCGCUGCAAAUUAGUUUUUCAGUUGUAAUGAAUAUGGAACGCAUCGGACCAAUCGGUGGACUGAACCUGAAACAUUACAUCAUAUGUGUAUUGUGUAACUGGGAGGUAAACAUGUGAGUUCUGUGUGUUAUGUCGCGUUUUCAAUGACAUGAAGUUACAGCACACGUUAAAUUAACAACGUCUCAACCUUUUUUUCGGUUUAAAGUAUAAAAUCCGCCAGACUAGAUGGUGCUGUAGCUAAUCCUCGAUGUGUGACCAGCUCUUAUCCACCUUCUUGACAUCACUGGGCUAAGGCUGUGUAGCACAGCCUCCUUGUUUUCCUUACGUGUUUGGCAAAUGGAGUGGAUCCGCAGUGAAAUCCUGUCCCGUCCGAAAAAAUCAUCAGUUUUGUUUCAGAUCUACCAUCACAUCGAAGGUAAACAUGUCUGAAGAUCUGUACGAAAAGUUUCUCGCCCCCGAAGAGCCGUUUCCCUUGCUGUCACAGCGAGGAAACCUUAGCGAAGAUUGCACUCUAGACGUGAGUGACUUCGGCUGUCAGUUGUCCUCUUGUCAUCGGACAGACCCUCUGCGCCGCUUCCAUAGCAACAGAUGGAACCUUACUUCCUGUGGGACCAGCGUGGCAAGCUCAGAGUGCAGCGAGGAGCUGUUCUCCUCGGUCUCCGUUGGCGACCAGGAUGACUGCUACUCUCUGCUGGACGAGCAGGAGCUCACCUCUCUCGACCUUUUCCCCGAGGGCAGUGUCUGCAGCGAUGUGUCCUCCUCCAUCAGUACCUACUGGGACUGGUCCGACAGUGAGUUUGAGUGGCAGUUGCCAGGAAGUGACAUCGCCAGUGGAAGUGAUGUGCUUUCUGACAUCAUACCCAGCGUACCCAGCUCUCCUUGUCUUGUCUCAAAGCGGAAGACCAAACCGCACAGGAACCUGGACGAGCUUCCUUGGAGUGCCAUGACCAACGAUGAGCAGGUGGAAUACAUCGAAUAUCUGAGUCGAAAGGUGAGCAUGGAGAUGGGACUGAGGGAGCAGCUGGACAUUAUAAAGAUCAUCGACCCGUGUGCGCAGAUUUCCCCCACGGACAGCGAGUUCAUCAUUGAGCUCAACUGCCUGACCGAUGAGAAGCUAAAGCAGGUGAGGAGCUACAUCCGCGAGCACGGACCGCGGCAGCGGGCUAGCAGCACGCGGGACAGCUGGAAGAGGAGCGAGCGUGGCAGCGCUAGCAGCAGCAGCAACGGCAGCAUGGUGAGCAGCGCCGCCAGCAGCAGCACAAGCUCCGCCUCCACCGCCUCCGGCAUGAGCCACGCCCACAGCGACGGCAACCUGUCGACCAGCGCCGCCGAGCGCAUCCGCGACUCCAAGAAGCGGUGGAAGCAGCGGAAGCAGCAGCAGAAAGCCCUGAGGAAGAGGCAGCUGAAGGAGCAGAGGCAGGCCCGCAAGGAGCAGCUGAGCGGCCUCUUCCUCAACGAAGAGGUGCUGUCACUCAGGGUCACCGAGGAGAGGGACCACGGCGACGACGUGGACGUCCUGAUGUGACAGGAGUGAACGGCUCAGUGUUCCCUCUAAGCCUCCGGAGCCCCCCGUAGGUGGGUGCCCCUGCCAUGCAAGCUCCGCCCUCUCUCUGGCCUCUGUUUCUUUGCCCCCAGAGUUAAUUUAUCCAGCUGGGAAUUAGAUUUCACGGAUGAUCAUACAGAUCUCCAAAGGCUGCCAAAAUGUAAUACCACAUUUUUCACCUCCUCACAGAAUUCCUAAACAAAAUCCAGAGAAAAUUAAGCACUUAUUGACCAUGUAUAGAUGUUUAUUUUCUUACUGUGUUUCCAAUAGAUAAGUCGCUGUACGAAUUGUGUUGGUACAUCAGCGAUACUUUUUUGACACAUUGAAGUAAUUAUUAUAAUGAUUAUAAUCAUUUGUUGCUAGGCUCUUCACGGACAUGACUUUGCAUUUUUGCGUGGGUUGUAUAUACCCAAAGGCAUAGAGGGAACACUGAAUUUCAAGACUUGUGUUGAAGGAAAUCAUGGCCAUUGGUACUUUGAUGAAUCAAAAUGUAUAAUAUUGAUAAAAUUAAAAAAUUGCUUGUUAAUAUUUUCUGCCUUCGUAGAUAAAAGUUGUAACUAGCAGAGGCAAUCAUAGUAUUUGCCUUUUUCCCCCCCAAUUGUUGGUUCAGGUGGUUCAGUUUACAUUCAAAUUUGAAUGUGGGUCUAUAACAAAUGGAGAAAAUAGCUAAUCUGCUUAGCUUGCUAGCUGAUAAUAUAAGAAGUCUUAAUGCAAGCAAAAGUUUAUUUCGCUAACGUAACUGUAGCUACAGCUUUCAGGAUAUUUGUACAUGCAUCAGCCUGUUACACAUGACCCAGAUAUCUUCCGUUCAUAGCUCUGCCAUACCUCUGCCAUAGUUCUGCCUACUCCAGGAGUGUAGGAUGCUUUGGCGGUUCUCUCUUCCUGUGAUUCUCAGAAUUGCUUCUGGUUGAAGUGUAUUGACUGAGCAACGAUGCUACUGAUGUUUGGUACCUUGUAAUAUUUAUGAACGGAUGCACCCCCUGGUGGCCAAACUCUUGUGUUCAUGUGGCCAUUAAGCCAGGGAUCUCAAAAGUCAAUUCUAGGGGGACCACAGUGUCUGUUGAUUUUCAGUGUGUUCGCAGUCUUAAGUGCUUAAUUUACAUCAUUGAUUGGCUAAAUUAUCCACAUGUUUGGUUUCCAAGGCCUACAUUGCCAAUGCAGCAGCCCAAAGACUGGAGUUUUGACAUACAAACAUGCAGGCAUUAAACUUGAUGGCAUACUGUAAGAUAAUCAUUAGUUGUUCGUACAGAGUCUACCUGUAAAUAAUAUGUUGUAACUUAUGCGGGUGUUCUCAUAAAUCGUACUGAAAAACUGAAAAUAAUCACAUUUUCCUUCGCAUAAUUACAGUCCUAUUCCUUUCUAGUCAUUACUGUACAUUACUGUGGAACCAUUUAAUCUCAUUACUUGAACACUGCUGUUGAAGAUAUCUGCUGUACAUUAAAUGAGUGUAUUUCAUGUCAAGAUUCUUUUGGAAAUUGAGACAAGAUAAAUACUGACGUACAACAACCGAUUUGUCUGUUUUUCUGAAACACAUUUAUCUGUUCAUCCUCAAGGCAUCUGACCUCCUGCGUGAGACACAGUGUUCUUUAAGCAUUUUAUAUAUCCUCAAGACAAUUCGUGUUUGUCCCCUAUAGGGGACAUGAAUCUCUGGUCUUAAUCUCGAUAACCAUAUGCUGUAUUUUACUAUGCAGGAAUCUGCACUGCAAGGGACUAUAACAGAUAAAUAGUACUUUUUGAAAAUAUUUUCUCUGUAAAAUGGUUUUUGUCAUCCAAGACGCUUUUACUGUGUCACAAAAUUUAUUAAAACCUUUUUCUGCUGGGUAUAUAUCCUCUGUGAUGAGUGUUCUUCUGGAAUCUUUUUUGGAAUAUCCACAAGAGGGCAGUAGGUCUCACUGUGUUUCUUGCUUUGGAAAUGAAUGUUUUUUUUUUUUUUAAAUAACUUGGUAGAGGCUGACUAUAAAUUGAUUUCAUUUUUUGAACUUUUAAUUCAAAUAUAUAUGCUUAAUGUAUGCAAACUUUACAGUUCUUACCUAAUUUUUGUUUACCGUUUCUGAAUAAUGAAUGUAUUUACUAAAAAAUGUGCCAUUUCUAAUUCCAGUUUGUGGUUUUACAGUUUCUGUUUAAGGGAUACAAUAAGGGAUCAAUAGGCUGAAACGUUAUAUCUGCAGCCUAUAUGAAAUAAAAUGAUAUUUUAAAGGUCAUAUGUUGGGUGAAAUUAUAUUCCAUGAAACGCGUUUGUGGAAUCAUACCUAAAAAAAACCCCAAGCGAUAGUUUCUGGGAUAGUUAUUUGUCCUUUCAGAACAUUUAAUGUUAGUAUUCAGUUAAACCUGAAAUGCAUUUAUUAACAAGAUUGUCUUGUCUAAUUGGCUGCAUAAGCUUAUUUGUUGUGGAAAAUUGGUUUUGUUCCCAACGAUGUCAGUGGGGACUUUGUCAAACUUGUGCUGGCUCAUUAGAUUUAAUUAAUAAAUGUUUGUGUUAUAGAAUUUACGAGUUUAUUAUCUAAAUUGUUAUUAUCAUUAGUAGAAUAAGAAAUAGGAGAAAUGGGCCUGUACUUAUUUGAAUUUCAUUAGAUUAUCUAUUGAGUGGAGUUCUGAUGUAACUUCGUUUAAAACACUGAUCCGGCCGUUUGUUAUUUGGUGAUAAUUUGCCUAGGGCUUUCUUAUAAGACUGCUUUAUAAAUCCAAUGCCCAAACUUAGGCAAAUUUCAGACUCUCCACCGAAAACAACAUUGUAUUAAUCAACUAUGUAUUUAAAUUAGUUGAACAGUGAGUCCCUCGACCUUUGCAGCUAGGUGCGUAUGAGUUCAUUUUUGAGAGUAAGGCAAUCAUUGCUAAAUAUAUUAGUGAAACAUGAUUACAGGUCUGUUUUUUCACUGACACCUCGCGCAAGCGCAAAAGUAGUACGUCACUGUCCGAUAAUCUUUCAUUAAAGUCCGUCGAUUGAAAGGCA